AUGUUUUCUGAAAUAAAGGAGUCCAAGAUGGGGCAUUUUAGCUCUCUUCGCCAGUCUAAUUUCCCCAAGCACUCCUUUGUCAGAUCUUCGUCUCACGAAAGUGAACGUACAAAGACAAUAAGUACCAGACCUUCUUUGUGUUCUCAGAGCUUUGAAUCGUCCGGGAACAAUUGUUCACUUCCUUUCGAGGAUCUUGAUGAUAAUGCUACUGAAAAUGAUCAGACGCCGCCUGAAAAUGACACUACUGAUGUGGAAACCAUUGGCGUCAUAUCCAUAAGCGGUAGCGUCAUUCAUUACUCUCUAAACUCUUCCGCAGGAAAUGGAAAAUCACAUAGCCAGCUUCAACAGAUAUUUACGCCAACUGUUGUCGGGGACAAUGGAGAAUUAACUUUAAAGCUAUUAAACGUUUAUCUAUCCCUGUUUAUCACAGACGCUAAUUUUGCACAAAGUUCUGAGGGUUGCGAGACCGUCACUAAAUGGUCUCAUAAAAAAUUGCCGCCUUACGCUUUGGUCAACGCGAUCCCCGACGCAAUUGGAUCUCUAGUAGAUGUGAUUGGAUUUGUGGACCAAACAAUACAAACAAUUUCCAGUUUUUUGUGCAACGCCAGUUUCCAAGAUAAAUGUCAUCGAAAGGUUUGGGCCAACGAGGAGCUUGCUGGGUUCCAAUCACAGAUCGUUCGCGUUUUGAAGACAUUAGUAUUGGAAUAUGCUCCGCAGACCAACUCGUCCCCAGUUUGCCACCAGUUCAAUAAGGCGUUAAAUGCGCUCAGACGAAUCACUUCUGACACCGGCUAUUGGAAACAGACCAGACGAGCAACGGCAUCCGAAGAGGUCGGUGAUGAUUGGAUUUUGCAGAAACUACAGAACCUCGAGUGCGUGCCGCUUACAAUCGUUGAAUCUUUAAAGUUUGAUAUUAUUAUGCCAACAAUGGCAACGCCCUACGCUAACAGUCGGAAGAGUGAAAUUGAAAUUCUGGAGACCUUCACUACGCUGUAUGCAAUUUUGUUGAUGGAAAUCAAGAAAUUGUUCCAAUCAGUGGUUUCCAUUUCCCUAGUCACCGGUAUUCUUCCAAACUUGGAAUGUUCCCUGCUUGUUGGUUGCCUCGAAGGUUUUCUGCACAACUCCUUUGUGACCGGUUCUACUGAACUGUUAGUAGACCUCGACAAGCUGGUAUUAAUUUGGACGCAAGCUCACAUUUCGUUUAGAAAACAGACCGAGAACUGGGCCAUUCGGUUCAUCGCUUUAUGGAAACCAGACCGCUCGGAACAAGAUUUGAACACCAUGUUGGGAAGUACCGUUAACACAGAUGAAGUAACCAGCCCCGAAUUUGACGUUGUUAGGCUGUUUAUCAAUGAAGUAAUAGACAUUUGCGCCUUGAGCACUGACCGCGGAACUGACAUCUUGGAAGCGAUGACAAUGAAGGACAAAGUGCCCACGAGCGGUUUGGGCUGGUUGACUAUUUUCCAGGACAAUGACCUAAAUACAGGCCAUCUACCCAGUGCGAACACUCGUGAGAUUGAAUCGUUUUCGGGCGGCGAAACAAACGGGUUCCAGCAACUUCAGGCGCUUUAUGGUGCAGAAUUUUCGUUGAUCGAAGAGGAAACCACCGUAAAUGUUCUUGGAGAAUCUGGCCAUUUCUGGUCUCGACUUCAUUUACACCACGAGUCGCAUCAGUUCCGUAAUUGGGUUAGACGAGGUCUGCGCUCGACAGACGUCAAUCAAAAACAUAGUUUACUCGAUAAGUGCCACAAAGCUAAGGUCAAGCUUAGAACUUUAGCAGACAAAUUCUCCCACCGUAGUAAGAAAAAGGAAGCAAAGGUCCAACCAGUGGCUGAAUUGCGGCAAAAAACAACGGUCGCCGUCAUUAGCGGCCCACAAACGGACAGCGCAAGGCCUAACGAACCGAAAAUUACGUUGCUGAACGAGUGCAGCAGUUCUUACCGCUUCGAGGAAGCAUUUGACAGAACUACUUUCAGUGGCACUUUCCAUGAUCCGCCGCCACCACGUCGUUACGAAAAUUUGAGACGCAGAAAGGACCGAUUCAUGUUUUUGUUUUUCGGCGAAGAGAAGUAA